CCCACUGCUGGUCCAGUAGUUCCUGGGAAAUUGAGUUACAUCUACCUUGAAACUAACGGCCCGAAUUAUCCAUGAGACUCCAUUCCCCAGCAAGCUCGGCGUGUAGCUUGCGUUAUGGAGCCUCAAGUCGCAGAGCUGAAGCAGAAGAUUGAAGACAUACUCUGCCCUUUUGGCUUCGAGGUUUAUCCCUUCCAGGUGGCAUGGUACAAUGCUCUCCUGCCUCAAGCCUUCCACCUUCCCCUGCCAGGGCCUACCCUGGCCUUCCUGGUCCUCAGCACACCUGCCAUGUUUGACCAGGCCCUCAAGCCCUUUCUACAGAACUGCCAUCUCCGACCACCGACCGACCCCGUGGACCAGUGUGUAGCCUACCAUCUGAACCGCAUUAGAGAGAGCCUCCCGGAGCUGCAGAUUGAAGUCAUUGCUGACUACGAAGUGCACUCCAACCGGCGCCCCAAGAUUCUGGCCCAGACAGCAGCCCAUGUGGCAGGGGCUGCUUACUACUACCAGCGACAGGAUGUGGAGGCUGACCCCUGGGGGUCCCAGCGCAUAUCAGGUGUGUGCAUACAUCCCCAGUUUGGGGGCUGGUUUGCCAUCCGAGGAGUGGUACUGCUGCCAGGAAUUGAGGUGCCCAAUCUACCAUCAACAAAGCCCCCUGACUGUGUACCUACAAGAGCUGAGCGCAUCGCUUUACUUGAAAGUUUCAAUUUCCAUUGGCGUGACUGGACUUACCGUGAUGCAGUGACGCCCCAGGAACGCUACUCUGAAGAGCAGAAGGCCUACUUUUCCACCCCACCUGCUCAGCGCUUGGCUCUGUUGGGCCUGACCCAGCCCUCAGGGGAAUCUAGCCCAGUAUCCCCCAAACGUCCCAUUUUGACCUUUACCCCCAAGAAAUCUCAGAAUCCCAGCAGAGCCCAGGGCUGGCUCAGCCCCCAAGUCUCACCACCCGCAUCCCCUGGCCCUUGAUACCCUCCCUCACCUAUGGGAUCCCUAUUUGUGACAAUGGUACUUGUUAGGACUUACUUGGGUUUUGGCAAAAGCCAGAGAGAUUUUAUUUUGGGUACAAGACUAUGUUUGAUAAUAGAAUGUAACAGAGAUCUUCAAUGGAGAUGAGACUCAGGGAAGUUAAAAGAGGUUUGGUCAAGGAAAGAGAGCCGGACAGAUCUAGGACUCCCACCUCCCUUGGAGUAUGGGACUGCCUUGUCUCUGUUAAGUGUUUCUUUACAGUGCUCCAAAUGCUACUUCAUUACAGAGCCUGAGGGACAACCAUCCUGUUAAUAACAGGCCAGCCUCAUCGAGUUGUUAAGGACUAAAUAAAUAAAUGUAAAGCAAUAACAGUGCCUGGCAUAUGGUAAACAGUGUAUUGACUGUUUAAAUUAAAGACCCUGGAAAGUGGGAAUGCUGUGCUUCGCUCUAGUCUGGGUUCUGUAGUGCUGGGCAGGUUGGGGUAGCUAAUAAAGGAGCAAGUGCCUGGAAAGGCACAUGGCAUAGGACCCUCAGUUCUCAAUCUUCCCU